AGUAUAAGAAACUCGAAAGUACCAAACAUCCAGUACACAAUGCACUUCGUUUUCCAUUUUUUAUCGUCCUCAUUAACGAGGCAAUGAAUUACCAUUGUUUUACGUUGAUUAUUAUAUUCAAAUGUAAAACUGUGAAUACGCCCUUAUGGUUGAAUUUUAAAUGCUUCUGUCAUUGUAGGCUUGACAUGAUCUAAAUUACUUUAUAUUUUUCGACACGUCUGUCAGCCAUUCACAACGCGAGAGACACAUCAAGUCUCUAACAGCCUGUUGUCAGAAUCAGACUUCUCAGGAAUCGGACCGGACUCCAGACCAACAUGAACUGUUUAGCGCUGGUUGUUUUGUUCUGUGGAUUUUUAUCACAUUCGCACGGACAAACAGGCGGACAAGGGGCAGAAGGCACAGCAGACGUAGUUGUGCAAGUUCCAGCAAACACACUUUUCGACCUUGUUUGUCCCGUCCCAUGGAAUGUGGGAGACACAGUCACGUGGUAUAAAAAUGGCGAUAUUCUUACCAAUGCCGCCUUUAGGCAUUUGGUUAUUUACGAUAACUUUAUCGGAUUUCCAAGCAUCAGCGAGUCUGAUAAUGGAACAUACACAUGUGCAGUCAAUGAAGAUCUCUCGACUGCCCACUCCACACUCAUUAAGGUCAUUAGCUCUGGAGUUCAACCUCCCGUUGAACCCAAUCAAGGAACUAUUGAAAGCAUGGCAAGUGAUCCUUCAUUACUGUUGGAACCAAAUCCGAGAGGAGGAUUGUUACCGCCAGCACCAACUACUCCAAAACCAAAGAAGAAGAAGGCUCUCCUUCCUCUUGUGAACACUCGAAAAAAACAAAAGGUGCGUAAGGAACUCCCUAAGCCCCAUACGGAUAUGGGAUCUUCCCAACCACAUAUGGGAUCAGCGGAUCCACAUGCUGGUCACUUAAGACAGGAUCUACCCCCAACGACACUUAAACCGGAAGUACAACCAAGAAAAAACAAUCAGCAAUUUUCAUUGGCAGGCUCGGAAAUUGUUAAGGAGUGGCUUCCCUCUAACUUUAACGAUCAGUUUCCUGGUUUAGAUGCUAAGUCCAUGCUUCCAUCGGACUCUGCUGCACCAUCCAAGUCAGUAAAUCAGAUAUUCAGUUCUAACUUAGGAUCCGUACAAGUUCCAGAUUCGGGAAGAGGAAGCCAAUCACAGGCGAUGACCAACAAAGGAAGAACGAUGGUAGAGUCACAGCCUCCGGUCAGUGAGAUCGGGAGGAUUGACCCAAUGGCUAAUGCUGGAGAACUUUUCCUGGACUCAUUUUCCAACAUCCCUGAGUUCGGAAACGCCAUCGACUUGAAAUCUACGCCAGACAGACAGGGUCAAAUUCUUGAUAUAGCGACAGGCAUAGUGCAAGGAAAAGAUACCAACGUUAUUCCUGAUCGCGGGCCAAUCGAGACAGAAUACACAUUUCUUCAUGAAGCUCAUUGCCGCACCAAGGCGCAUACUACACCAACAGGAGAAAUAGUCGAUGCAAAAUACGAAGAGUUUAUCAAUGGACAUUGGAUAGUAAGGUGGUGUGCCCCGGGUUCUGGUUAUAACGCAACAACAUGUGGGUGUGACACCAUGAUGUCAGCUCUAGACCAAAGAGAACCUGGGAAAUGUCUUCCGGUAAUCAACCUUACCUUUAAAGAGAAAUACAAUGUCGCUGUGGAAUCGGAGGGAGUCGACAUUCACGACAGACAGGCCUUCUUAAAUGGAAACAAUCGCCUGAGAAUUUGGACAUUCAUAAACUAUGAAUAUACGGACAAGCUUCAGAUCACUUUUAAAUUCAAACCUAAGCCUGGUCCAAGAUCCGAGCCAUACACUCUUGUUAGCAACUGUGAAAGCAAACAAGAGCCGUCGUUUGGCAUUGUCCUCAACACCUUCAAGGAUGUCGUGACCUUCUUCCUCAAGACAUAUGGAACAGAAGGCGAACGAUUUAUGACGUUUGACAUUGAUCCGAAUAGCUGGAACGAUGUGUAUUUUAGAUACGAUAACGGCACCAUGAUAGGACGGGUUAACGACGAAGUGAAACAGAAAUCCAUCUUUGGAAAAAUUCAGAACAGACCUGACGCGAUUGUGUUUGGUAAAUGCGAACGAUACGGUAAUUACAGAGGACAGCUUAAAGAUAUUGAAGUAUACUCUAAAUGUGUACCACCUCUUGAGAGGAAGGUGAAACAGUUAUCAGGAGUUCUUCCUUGAAGUUUUUAAACUUUCAAUUGAUUGUAAAAUCACGUGGUUAGGCAGCCUGUCUUUUAUCUACUAGAAGAAUAAGAAAAAAAGAAGAAGAGAUGGGGAACCUAUUCCGAUCAGAUAUAUAAAAAAAAAAGUUCUCGUGUGUUUCAAAACAUGUUCCUCAUAGUAUUAUUAAUUGAAAUGACAAGACUAAGAGACAUUUACUGUCUCCGACAGAUGGACUGUGAGCAGGAUUUACUAAUUAAACGGACAAUUAAACUUUCAUCAUCUUUUACGCAGGUGUAAUAUGUUAAUGUUUCCGUCACCGAUUUAAUGCCUGUAUUGUGUAUUUAUACCUGUAUUAUAAUGUACACUCUGAAUUGCAUCACAAUCACCCCAUUCUGUGCUUUAUAUCAUUGUAACAAUAAUUUAUCGUCAUUUUACUUCUUCCAUAUCAUUGUCUUAAUUCUAUGUAUUUAUGAAUAUCUCAUUUGAAUCAGAAGUUCAAAAAAUGUAAUUUGUUGCGGUUUUUACCUCAAGUAAAGGCUUGGAAAAUUUA